UUUUUUUGCUUUGUGGUUGGCGUUCCCUGCUCUAUAGGAAUUGGAAUGGAGAGGGGGGCGGGGGGUGACUGAAGGAUUAGGAGCCAGGCAUAAUGAGAGGUGGGUGUCGGAGUGAGUGAAGAGCUGGCUUGAUUUGAGUGGGGGCAGUCGGUCUGGGAGCUGAUUUAAUCCUCCUCUUUCUGCCCUCCCCACCCACCCAACCUCCUGGCACUGUCCCCUGGUCUCCUCCAGCCAUGGGUUCAGAAGGAAGGGGUCUGGACGUGGUGCUGGAGCUGGCAACGGAGGCGAGGAAUUUCCAACUGGCUGCCGAGAUUUACCAGCGGCAGCUGCGGGCCAGGCAACAGCAGCAAGCGGGGGGCGAUCCAGAGGAGGUCCGCUUGAGACGUGCUCGCUGCCUGGUGCUGGCGGAGAGGCUGAGCGAAGCGCUUCAGGAGUACCAGCACCUCUCGGCUCAGGGCAGCCUGCGAGCCGAGCACCUGGGGGAGCUAGUGGAUUUCUUAGCCCGGAGCCUGCGGGUCAGCCAGGGCUGGGGAGAAGGUGAACCCCUGGGCGUGGAUUUGCUGAGCUGCCGCUGGUGUACGGGCACCUUGUUCGAGCCGGUCACUCUACGCUGCGGACACACUUACUGCAAAAACUGCCUGGAGAAGGAGCGAGAGAGCCAGAGGGCUUGCUGCAAAGUUUGUAAAGAGAGAGUCCCUACUGCAGGAACCUGCAGAAUCAACGUGGUCCUGAACAGUUUCUUAGGCAAAUACUUCCCGGCCGAGACCAGAGCCCUCUCUCUCAGGCACGAAGGGAAUAGCUUAUAUAAGAAAAACAAACCCCUGGCCGCCUUAGAGAAAUAUCACCAAGCUAUUGCAUUAGCCCCCAAAGACCACUUGCUGUUGAGCAACCGUGCCCAGAUUAAUACGAGUCUGAAAUGCUUUGAAGAUGCACUGCAUGAUGGAAAUGCUGCUUGCAACAUUCAGCCUUUCUGGUCUAAAGGUCACUUAAGAAAAGCACAAGCGCUAGCUGGCCUACAGAAAAUGGAUAAAGCUUUGAAGGAGUAUCUAAUUUGUAUUGCUUUAGAUUCAGAAAAUAAAACAGCAAAAAUGGAAGCCCAAAAGAUCCUGUGUGAUUUGCUCUCGCCCAUUGCUGAAAAUAUACAUCAAAGGUUACCUGACAUAAUGCAAGUUAUGUCUCCACGAUCUCGAAUUAAAGGAAUUGUCCUGAACUCCCUGAAUUCUAGAAAUUCCAGCAAUGUAUUUGAAAAUUCAUGCAAGGUAAAUGUUGAUUCAACUGGCUUUGACAGCAAACAAGAAUGGAAGACCCACUCCUUCUCAACGAAACCAGCUCAAGUAAUGAGCGAAAACCAAGACACCUUGAAGAAUUUGUCCACAGAACCAGCCUCGAUGAUUUCUGAAAGGAAGAAUACUUUGAAAACACAGCACAGUUCUAAUAAAGAUGAAGAACCUGGAACAACUGAAGGCUACACCAAAUGCAAUAAGCGAGCUAGGUCACAGAGUCCUGGGAGAGAAAAUGAUAUCUUACCAAAGCUCGUUGAUGCAUUUGACCUGGAGUGUUCCCUAUGUAUGAGGUUGUACUACGAGCCCAUCACCACACCCUGCGGGCACACAUUUUGUCUUAAAUGUGUUGAGCGAUGCAUAGAUCACAGUCCGAAAUGCCCUCUUUGUAAAGAGAUUUUGCCUGAGUACCAGGCACUGAGAAAAUAUAACCGAACUGUUCUAAUAGAAGAGCUAAUUGUGCAUUACCUGCCCGAAGAACUUGCAGAACGAAAAAGAGUUAAUGAUGAAGAGAUGGCGGAAUUGUCAAACCUCAACAAAGCUGUGCCAAUAUUUAUCUGCACUAUGGCAUACCCCACUGUCCCAUGUCCACUGCACAUCUUCGAACCCCGUUAUCGCUUAAUGAUCAGAAGAUGCAUGGAGACUGGCAACAAACAAUUUGGAAUGUGCUUAAGUGAUCCAGUUAAAGGUUUUGCUGAUUAUGGCUGUAUGCUGGAGGUCAGAAGCGUUGAGUUGUUUUCGGACGGUCGUUCAGUUGUGGACACUAUUGGCAGAAGAAGGUUUAAAGUGUUACGACACAGUGAAAAGGACGGAUACAGCACGGCAGAUAUUGAAUACCUUGAAGAUAAAAAGGUAGAGGGAGAAGCUUACGCUGAACUUGUUCGUCUGCAUGACCUUGUCUAUGAUCAGGCAUACCUGUGGUUCAGCUCACUCAAGCAAGUACUGAAGACUCGAAUUCUCAGCCACUUUGGACCAAUGCCAAGGAAGGAUACAGAUAUACAGACCAGUCCCAAUGGCCCAGGCUGGUGCUGGUGGUUGCUGGCCGUGCUGCCACUCGAGAGUCGGGCUCAGCUUCCUUUCCUCUCCAUGACAACGCUUCAGGAGCGCUUGAAUGGCAUUAGACGUGUGUUAUUGUUCAUGUCGCGCAACUGUGCACGAUGACUGAGUGACUGGUUUGAUUGCUGUGGUAGGAACGGCUGUCAGUUCCACAAUAGUGACUUUUUUUUCUACAUUCAUGUCUUAUCUGAAGCAGCCUGAUAAAAGGAGUAUCAUCUAUUGAAGGAUGUGCAUAGUCAGGAUGAUUUGAAGAGUGUUACUGAUAAUAUAAUCAAUUGACGGCAUUUAGUGCUAACACCUCAGUACUUAUUUUGUGACUAUUUUUACAGCCUAAAUCCCAAUAAUAUCUUAUUUUGAGAAUGUAUAUUUUUGUUAACUCAUAUGUAUAUUUAUGGAGCUACAGAAGUAUGAAAAAUAUUUAUGCAUUCUUAUCUACUCAGAAUUUAGUCUGGGGCUAAGUAUCUGUAAGGAAUAUACAAACUACAAAAUAGAUUCAAAUGAUAAAAUGUUCUACUCGAUAUAAACAGAAUGUACUAUUUAUUUCUGGAAAACAAAUACACUGGGAAGUAGAGAUCUUCAUGCAGUCUUUCUUUUUGGGCUGAAUCUUAAAACUAGUUCGUUAGACAUAUGCUACAUUCAAUAUUUUCUCGUUACUCUUUGUAAGAUGCACCUCAAACUUUCCUCCCCCUUCUGCUCUCCGUUACAAAGAAUUAUCUACAAACUGAAGCCAAAAAGGUAGAUGGACAAUUGAUUCACAAGAAACCUAACAGUAGUUUGUCGGACAAAGCCAGAAGUUACACAAAACUGGGUUAUAGUCCAACAGGUUUAUUUGAAAUCACAAGCUUUCUGAGCACUGCCCCGACUCCACCUGACAUAGGGACUGCGCUCUGAAAGUAUGUGAUUUCAGAUGAACCUGUUGGACUAUCAGCUGGUGUCAUGUGACUUCUGACUUUGUCCACGCCGCCGUCUCAUCAUAGUAGUUUGUAGCUGUGAGGAGGCGUGAGAGAUGGCUGGAGUUGACAAUAACUUUUACUGUUCCUGUUCUCUCUCAUCUUACCCCCUCCACCUCAUGAAGCUGCAAUUGAGUUCCUCCUUGCAGUAACACAGCUGAGAUCAGGGAUUUAAAGCUGUUAUCGCACUGUAGCAUGGCGAUUUAACCCAUUGUGCCACUCUGCCAUCCAUAAUUUCCUCUGGGUAAAAUGUAUUUAAAGCCUAAUGUUAAGUAGCAUUUAUAGUCAUAAGAAGCACUUGUCUUCCAUGGACACCAUUGCGUCCAGCACAAAAUACAAGGAUGGACCACUUAGCCUGGGGAUUUUUUUUUUACUUGAAAGCAUGUUUGCACCUUGUCGGAUUUUGGAUUCCUGUUAUAUUAUCAGUAACAUUCAGUUUAACCUGAAAAUGUGCACAUUCCUUCUUAUGUGUUCUCAUAAAGCCAAAGCUAAAUAUAUUUAUUAUCUUAUUUUUGCAACAAUCCAUGUCGUAUGCACGCAACAUUCAGAGGUGUGCAAUAAUUUAACCUGCCUAUACCUAUAAAAUUUGUCACAUUCUUUUGUGAAGUAUAAUGUCACAAUCUCAAGUGAACCAUCAGGCUGAGUAUACUAAUGUGGAUUAGGAUAGAGUAGCAGAAUUCUGCUUUUUAAUACAUAUUCUGAUUAUAUGAAGUACUGUUUGGUUGAGAACAUUAUGUAUGUUUUAAAAACACUAUUCAAAACAAAGUAACUUUGUUUAGACGUAGUGAGUGUAAUUGUGGAAUUAAUUUUUAUCUAAACAUAAUAUUGACUGGUCAAUGCCCCUAGCCUUAAUAACUCUGUUAAUUGCUUUCUGACAGUUAAGCAAAACUGAACAAUGUUAAGUGCAUUUCAAUUGACCCCACAAUCUUUCGUGCUUGAAUGUAACAUAUUGCUUCAGGAUAUGCUGUGAAUUAAGUUUGAUGGCCUACCUACUAACAAAAGGCUAGGGGUUUGGUACUGGCUGAUUCUGAGUGAUCUUAUGAUAACUUGUCCUAUUUGCAUUGAGUGGGCUUAGUUUAAAAAAAAUCUAAAAUCAAGCCCUGAAUUAUUUACACAUGCUGUUUUAAGGUAUCACCCAAUCUGAAAACUAAAAAAUUGAGAGGCACUGUUUACUGACAUCAGAAAGAAAGAAUAUACGGAUUAGUGGUAGUCUCUAUUCCAGAGGUUUCAUUGUAACUAAUCGCUCCAUUUGAUGUGGUGUCUUAGCAGUGUUUGGCUAAUAAGCACAAUUUAGCAUAGAACUUCAAUAAAACAACAGUGCCUCUUUAAAAUAUUUUUCUACUUAAAUUAUUCAUUCAUGUUAGAAUCCAACAUACUCUUCCUCUCCCGCAGUCUUUCUUUUUUCACUAACUAAUGGUGUUUGUUUUAACAUGAAGUGAAAGUUCUGAUCUGACUCCUUAUCAGUAUUUUCCUCUCCUUUUCAAAUUGACCAGUUGUUGUCUUAAACUGGAUAAUGAUGCAAAUGGAGAAUUGAUGUCAAUAUCUAAAUUUCCAUCAAUUGGUGGAAGAAUGUUGUUUAACCACUUGUUCAGUGGAGUUAGGUGAAGACCAAUUUUGGUGUAGUAGACUGUGUACAUGUUAACAUGUGAAGACCAAAAGCAAUAGACGUCAAACACGAGUGACUCAUCAGACUAAAGUGGGAGCGGAAUUGCAUUGUGUUACUUACUAACAUACAGUAACUUCAAUUUCCCAUUGCAAAUGUAGAUUAAGGAAUCCAUUUGGGAUGUCGUAAAACACCUAUCCAAAAUAAAUAGUUUUGCAUUGCUCCAUUGUGUCUUAGGAGUACAGGGACAGAAAUGGGGAUUUGGCAUGAGCCUGUUCUGCCAUCAUCCUUCACUUAUAUCUCAAGUCCACCUACCUGCCUUGGUUCUGCAAUCCUUAAUGCUUGUGCCUGACAAAGUCUUAUCAAUCUAGUACAUCCACUGAAUUCCCCUGAAUGGCCCAAUUCCAAUUGUAAGGCAAAUCCUGAUUUUGGACACCACCAGCAAAGGAAGCAGUUUCUCUAUCAACUCCUUUGAUCAUUUUAAUCACCUCAAUUAAAUCACCCUUUAAACUUUAUUCAAAGAAAUGCAAAGGCUGUCUGUACAACCUGUCUGGCAGUGGAACUUGACUAAGUCAGAACUGACACUAGAUAAUGUCCCUUUCACAAUCCUACCUGGAAGAUCCAUCCUCUGGUCUUUUCCUUAUGCAUAAAGAAAUCCUUUUCAAAUUUGAAUGAUCUUUUAACUAGUUUUGACCUAUGGUCUCUUGUUCUAGUUUUUAGACUUAGCCAAUUAAACAACCUGCAUUUAUAUAAUGCCUUUACUAUAGCUAAACAUCCCAAAGUGUUUCAUGUGAAUAUCCCAAAGUAUAAUUGACAGGUACAAGGAGAUAUGAGAAAAUCAUUUAUCCAGAGAGGUUGAUCUUAAUGAGUUUCUUAAAGGAGUAGAGAUAGAAAAGAGGGGAAAUGUGGACAUAAAUUAUAUUACUUGUAUAAGUUUAUAAGUUUAUUUUCCAGCUACCCUGUCUUAAGUGUAAAGUUGCCCAGUUUCUCCAAUCUGUCCCUCACACAGAAUGUACAGCACAAAAACAGGCUUUUGGGUCAACUAUUUGUGCUGGUGUUUAUAUUCUUUGAUGCCAGGAAUCACUUUCAUUCAUUUUUCUAUAUUUCCUCCAUAGGUUAAGUUGUAGUCUGACUAGGGAAUGUAUUAUUUUAGCCUAGUAUCCUCUCACUUACAUCAGACUGCUUGAGCAUUGCGACUAAGCAUUUGUUCAGGUUGUUGCUUCUGUUUGGUAAUUGUAAGCACUGAAUUUUUUAAUAGUCCCAAAUCCCUUUCCAAUUCACCUUUUAAUACAUCCUUUGUGAUGCCUGUUUCUCCUUCCAAUACAGAGAACAUCACAUUUGUCUAUAUUGAAUUUCAUGAACCAAAGCUACAUUAAUAAUGACUUGUACAGUUCAGUGCUGAAUUGAAAUGAACGUCAUUGUGUUUUACUGUUUCAUUUUGUGCCUUUACUUCCUCCCCCGUUUACUUCAAGCACCAUCCAAAUAGUUGAUCCUGAUGUUGGAGAGACUACUGUGAACGUGUUGUGAUUUCUUACUUGCAACACUUCAUUUUGUUUCUGGAACUCUGUCCUCCUUUAAGCUGUUGAAGCAGAGGGAACAAAUGGAGCUUUCAAGAAUGAAAUCAGAAGACAAAAAUAAGAGGGGAUAUGAAGUGAGGGCACUUAACAGGAGAUAGAGGUGAACAUUGGCCAUGAUUUAACUGAAUUGCAGAGUAGUCUGUUGGGUCUGAAUGACUUUCUAAAUGUAAAAGAGUAAUUAUGAUCUAGAGCACCCUUCCAGGGAAUGUGUCUGAGACAGAUUCGAUCAAUGCUUUCACGAAGGAAUCGGAAAAUUCUCUGAAGAGAAAACCAAGAAUUGCAGGACUACAGGGACAAAGCAGGGGAAGUGGGUCUACCUGACUAGCUUUUACAGUGAGACGUAAUGGACCAAAUAGCUUCCUAUGAUGAUGUCAUUCUUUGAUUGUAAUGACCCUCUAUUUUUCUGCAGUUAGAAGAAAGACUAAAAGGCCACGUGCCUCCUGGAAUUUGAAAUUUAAUGUGUCUUCAUUUUUGCAGUCUGUGUAAUAAUUGUACAACUAUUCCAGUGAAAUUAACUGAAGAGUUUGUUGAAUGUCUUUGUGACCAUUGAUGUUAUUUAGUAACUAGUCACUAGUUUCCAGCUAUGUUUGUUGUCUAUAUAAAUGGGACACUCGAGAAGCAAAUGUUUAAAUAAACUAAGAAUUGGAAGUGCAAUUAAAAUACUGUGUUUGUGGCAAAUAAGACAACCAUGAUGUUAAAUAAAACCAUGCUUACCCUGUA